AUGGCCAAGAGAGGAAGGUUCACAUUGUAUACAUGGGAGAGCGGCACCAUGGAGAUUUUUCUGCUCAAUCCACACACCAUUCAGUGCUACAAAGCCUUCAAGUUGGCCAAAGAGUCGCUGAUCUAUAGUUAUGGGAAGAGCUUUAAUGGGUUUUCCGCAAAGUUGUCGGAUGAAGAAGUUGCAGAGUUGGCAGAAAUGGAAGGUAUAGUUUCAGUGAUUCCAAACCACAGACUAAAGCUUCACACAACAAGGUCGUGGGACUUCAUGGGUUUCAGCAAAGGCCAACGUGGAGCAUCUGUAGGAGAAGAGGUUGUGAUAGGGCUUCUAGACUCAGGAAUCUGGCCGGAAUCUGAUAGCUUCAGUGAUGAUGGCUUUGGCCCUCCACCUAAGAAAUGGAAAGGCAAAUGCAAAGGUGCCAACUUCACCUGCAACAACAAAGUUAUUGGAGCCCGCUACUACAACAGUGAUGGCUCCUAUGACCCCACUGACAUCCAGUCCCCAAGAGAUUCCAACGGACAUGGAAGCCACACUGCUUCAACUGCAGCAGGCCGCGAGGUGCCAGCCAGUUACUUGGGGUUAGCUUCUGGGACUGCAAGAGGUGGAAUCCCGAAUGCUAGGAUUGCUGUCUACAAAGUUUGCUGGGCAUCUGGAUGUUAUUCUUCAGAUGUCCUUGCAGCAUUCGAUGAUGCAAUAGCAGAUGGAGUUGAUAUUAUAUCAGUCUCACUUGGCAGUGACUUCCCACUCCAAUACUUAGAAGACCCCAUUGCUAUUGGGUCUUUCCAUGCCAUGAAAUAUGGUAUAGUGACCUCAACUUCUGCUGGAAACUCUGGCCCUGCUCCAUUAUCAGUUUCUAAUUAUGCACCAUGGAUAAUGACCGUUGCUGCCAGCACCAUUGACAGAAAAUUUGUGGCAAAAGCAGUUCUUGGCAAUGGAGAAGUCUAUAGUGGACUUUCAAUUAAUAAUUUCGACCUGAAUGGAAAGUCAUAUCCCCUAAUAUGGGGAGGAGAUGCUGCUAAUUUCUCUGCUGGAGCUAACUCGGAGAUUGCAAGCUUUUGUCCAAAUGGAGCCCUGAAUUCACUUAAAGUAAAGGGAAAGAUUGUUUUCUGUGAAACCAUAGACGAUGGCUCGGGUGUUCUACUAGCCAAUGGUGUCGGUACAAUUAUGGCCGAUUCAUCUUCCUCUGAUUUGGCACUUAAUUACCCGUUAGCAGCAACUGUGGUUACAAUAGGAGAUGGACAGAGAAUUAUGAACUAUAUUAGAUCAACAGCGAAUCCUAAUGCAACAAUUCUUGUUGGCGAGACGGACAUGGAUAUCAUGGCACCUGUUGUUGUGUCAUUUUCUUCUAGAGGACCCAACCCUAUAACCCCAGAUAUCCUCAAGCCUGAUCUGACCGCCCCUGGUGUUGACAUACUUGCUGCUUGGUCUCCAGUGGCACCACCUUCCAUUUACGAAGAUGACACCAGGAGUGUCGAAUUUAAUGUUAUCUCCGGGACAUCCAUGUCCUGCCCUCAUGCUAGUGGUGCUGCAGCUUAUGUCAAAGCUGCACAUCCAAAUUGGUCUCCUGCUGCAAUCAAAUCUGCACUCAUGACAACAGCUCAUGUCCUGGAUCCAAAGAAGCAUGAAGACCUUGAAUUCGCUUAUGGGUCUGGUCACAUCAACCCUCUGAAAGCAGUAGACCCCGGGCUUGUUUUUGAUGCACAUGUAGCAGACUAUGUACAUUUCCUCUGCAAGCAGGGUUACAAUACCACCACUUUGAAGCUCAUCACUGGUGACAACAGCAGUACUUGUGGCAGGACAAAGCCAGGAAGAGCUUGGGAUCUUAACUAUCCAUCGUUCUCUCUAGCAGUUGAAGAUGGCCAGCAUGUCAAUGCUGUCUUUACUAGAACAGUCACAAAUGUGGGAUCACCAAACUCAACCUAUACUAUUAAGGCGCACACACCCUCCUCAAGUGUUUCGGUAAAACCAUCAACCAUUUCUUUCUCUUCUGUCGGUGAGAAGAAAUCCUUCACAGUCAAAGUAAUUGGUCCGCCUAUUGCACAGCAGCCGAUCAUGUCCGGUGCAAUCGUGUUGACCGAUGGGAUCCAUCUGGUGAGAAGCCCUCUCGUUAUCUACACAAUCCUCCCUGGUGCUGCACAUUCGUACUCCAUACCUGAGAAAAAAACAAGUUUUAAAGGUUCUUCCUUGUACCACAGAAAUGGGAUCUUCAGACACAACUAA